AUGGAAUGUACGGCAAAUGAGCGAAGAAGAAUUGAAAGUGCUGGUGGUUUUAUUGAGUUUAAAGGAGUUGAACGUGUGCAAGGCAUUCUUUCAGUUACAAGUCAACCUGACAAAUACCACGCUGUUCCCUCUCAAAGCAGUGAUGAAUAUGAGUACGACAAAGCGUUCGGCGAUACAGAUUUGAAGCGUUUAUGUGUAUUAACUGCCCAUCCGGAUAUCGUACGAGUUGAUUUACGGCAGAUUACGCUUCGUUUCAUUUUAGUAGCUUCCGAUGGAUUUUGGGAUGUUUUAAGUAAUCAAAAAGCAAUUAAUCUUGCUAAGAAAUUCCUCGCAAAAGAACCACAAGCACAUUGGCACAAAAAUUUUUAA